AUGGCGGCGCCCUUAAGGCGAUCUCUGUUUGGAGUGGCGCGGGGCCGGUGGCGAUUAGAAGGGCACUCGACGGGUACCCUGAGUGUUCGCAGCUUGGCCCUUGAGGCCGCACCCGCUCACAGUGGGUCUCCAUGGCGGUUGUUGGGCGCUUUGUGCCUGCAGCGGCCACCACUAGUCUCGAAGCCGCUGACCCCGUUGCAGGAGGAUAUGGCGGCGCUGCUAAAGCAGAUUGAGGUAGAAAAAAGCCUGUAUUCAGACCACGAGCUGCGUGCUUUGGAUGAAGCCCAGCGACUGGCAAAGAAGAAAGCCGACCUCUGUGAUGAGGAAGAUGACCAGGAGAUACUGUUGGUACAGGAUUUGGAAGAUAUGUGGGAACAGACUUUCCUGCAGUUCAAACCCGGAGCUCGCAUAACAGAAGCUGAUAAGAAGAAAGACCAAACCUCACUGCACCGGAAGCUAGACAAGAACCUCAUCCUGUUGGUCAAAGAGAAGCUUGGAGACCAGGAUGUUUGGAUGCUUCCGCAGGCAGAGUGGCAGCCUGGAGAGACCCUCCGGGGAACCGCUGAGCGAAGCCUGGCCGCGCUCUCCGAACACAACAUUGAAGCCAAGUUCCUAGGAAAUGCACCCUGUGGCCACUACAAGUUCAAGUUUCCCCAGUCAUUGCGGACAGAGAGCAACCUGGGGGCCAAAGUGUUCUUCUUCAAAGCACUGCUACAAACUGGAGACUUUUUCCAGCCCAGGAAGAAGGGCCAACAUGUGUGGGUCUCUAAGGAAGAGCUGGGUGACUAUUUGAAACCAAAAUACCUGGCCCAGGUCAGGAGGUUUUUUUUGGACUUCUGA